UUUUGGCACAGCAUAUUCCAUUCCAUAAGGCAGAAAAGUUACAACCAGUCCGGCAACUGUCUUCAGGAUGGCAUGGAUUGUUCAAACAUUUUAUUUCAUUGUGUUAUUGUCUUCAGUACAUAGUGAAUGCGUGUCUCAUGUCUAUGAAAAUACAUAUUUCCAAGGAGGAGAUGUAUUGAUGGUUUAUACUCCAAAUGUAGACUAUUGCCAAAAAGUGUGUACAUAUCACCCAAGGUGUCUAUUGUUCACCUAUCUUCCAGGAAACUGGAUGGAAAAUGUUAAAAAAAGAUUUGCAUGCCUCCUGAAAGAUACUGAUACUCAAGUAUUGCCAAAACUGUCCAUGAAUGGAGCAAUAUCUGGACAUUCCUUAAAACAAUGCAGUCGAAUCACUGCUUGCAGCAAAGAAACCUUUAAUGGACUGGACAUGCAAGGAACAAAUUAUAAUGUAACCACUGCAGGCACUUAUCAGCAAUGUCAAAAACGAUGUACCAAUGAGGAUCAUUGCCACUUUUUCACGUACACCGUUGGUUCAUUUCAUAGUUCAACAUUGCGCAAUAAAUGCUUCUUGAAGCAUAGUGCCACAGGGACACCAACCCAGAUAAGACAGCUUGCAAAUGUUAUAUCGGGAUUCUCAUUAAAACCCUGUCAACUUGCUGAAACAGAUUGUCAGAUGGAUAUUUUUCAACAUCAAAUGUUUUCUGGGACUUCCAUUGCAAGUGUUUUGACACCUGACACCUUUGUAUGUAGAACAAUUUGUACUUACCAUCCAAACUGCUUAUUUUUUGCUUUUUACAACAGUAAGUGGGACGUAAAAAAACAAAGGUAUGUCUGUCACAUGAUGUCAUCAAAAAGUGGAAGGCCAGAUAGUAUUUUAGAAAGGAGAAAUGCUGCAUCAGGUUACAGUCUUCUAAACUGCCGGAAAGCUACACCUGCCUGUCAUUUGCACACUUUCUCCAAUGUAAGCUUUUUGGGGACAGAACUGAACAUGGAAUAUACUGAUGGGCAUGAGGCAUGCCAGCAGCUUUGUACGGCCACAGUUCGCUGCCAGUUUUUUACUUAUUCUCCCAACAAAGUAUCAUGCAACUCAAAAGGUCAGUGCAAAUGCUACCUAAGAAUGGCUGCCAAUGGCUCUCCAGAGGGAAUUGUGUCUGAGAAUGGAAUGGUUUCUGGCUAUUCUUUAAGAUUGUGUCAAGUUAAAGACAGUCCUGUAUGUGUACAGAAACCUAGACUGGAUACAAAGGUUGUUGGAGGAACAAAUUCUUCAGUUGAUGAAUGGCCCUGGCAAGUCAGUUUGCAUGUGAAGCUAUCAACCCAGCGUCAUCUAUGUGGUGGUUCCAUUAUUAGUGACCAAUGGAUAUUGACGGCUGCUCACUGUAUAGAAGACCUUCCACUACCUCAGGUUUGGCGUGUUUACAGUGGCAUUUUGAAACAGUCAGAGAUACGUGAAGGCACUCCUUUCUUCAGCGUUCAAGAGAUUAUUGUUCAUCCUAACUAUGACUUUUCAGAGAGAGGAUAUGACAUCGCUUUAAUGAAACUGGACAGACCUAUGAAUUUCAGUGACUCACAACAACCAAUCUGCCUGCCAUCCAAUGAAGAAAAGGACAUGGGCUAUACGAACUGCUGGGUGACUGGAUGGGGCUACACAAAAGAGAGAGGUGAGAUAGAAGAUGUUCUGCAAAAGCUCAAAAUUCCUUUGAUAACAAAUGCCGAAUGUCAGUCACGGUACCAAGAUCAAAUAAUAAGUAACAAGAUGAGGUGUGCUGGCUACAGACAAGGUGGAAAGGAUGCAUGCAAGGGAGAUUCAGGUGGCCCUCUUUCAUGUAAACACCAGGGGCUCUGGUAUGUGGUUGGCAUUACCAGCUGGGGUGAAGGAUGUGCUCGUCCAGAGCAGCCAGGCGUUUAUACAAAUGUGGCUGAGUUUGUAGACUGGAUUCUAGAAAAAACCUCAUAGUAUAAGAAAUAUUCAGUGAGAUAAUUGUAUCUGUAAAAUAAUGUCAUUUUCAAACACCUUUGGAAUUCUCUGAGAAAUGCUGAAGUUCUGGAAAUCUACUCUCUCAUCUUACCAAAGUAUAGCAGAGUUGGAAAACAAAACAAUUGUUGUAAAUGUAUGGAAUGAAAAGAAAAUGAAAAUAAAAUUUAAAAAAUC